AUGAGCUCGGCUCGGCAGUAUAUGAGUUUCGACAAGAAGAAAUCACCUGCGGAAAAGAGCCUUCUUGACGAAUCCUCCCUCGAAUACUUGGAUCUCGACCCCUUUUUACUCAAGUUAGCUCGAGAUACGAUUACGUCAGGCGAGGGUCCGAGCAAGGCCCUUGACUACGCGUUGAGGGCAUCAAAGUGUUUUGAGAUGUGUGCGGUUAAGGGAGAACCGAGCUUGGAUUUGGUGACGAGUUUGCAUGUUGUUCCCGCGAUUGACUAUAGUUUGGGAGGUUUGAGGAGGCGGUGUCUGUUUUGGAAUGAGCAUUUAAAGUGCAGAGGUGUCGAGGGGUGA